ACGAAAGUCUUGAAGAGAUCCCUGUUCUGUUUCUUUUCCGCGAGAUCGCUGCAGUUUAAAGGACCUUUGAACUCACUCAGAAACUCGGAGUUCUUUGCUUUGCCGUCCCGUUUCAGCAAAAACUCCCUCCCCAUGAGCGGCACGCCUCUGUUUUUUUUCCAGUGCUCUCGCGAAGCGGAUGCAGUGCGGUUCGCUUGAAAACUGUUCCUGUCUUGUGAAACUCCCCUGUCCCGGCUUGUGUGGCCCUGAGAAUGGAAUUCCUGUGUGAAGUGGGAGUUUCCAGGAAGUAGCCAUAUUGGAUGCACGGAGCCUCUUCUACUGUGUCAGCGUACGGAGAGUGCGGAACGAAAAGAAGUCCCUCUUCGCUUAGCUCGCUUGUAAUCUACGCGCUCUCCACACAAUGGCUGCAACGGACGUGGAUGUAUUUUCCAGCGAAGAAAAGAGGAACCUCAGCCUGGGCGGCCAUGUUGGUUUCGACAGUUUGCCCGAUCAGCUGGUCAGUAAAUCGGUGACACAGGGAUUCUGCUUCAACAUCCUCUGUGUGGGGGAAACGGGCAUCGGCAAGUCGACGCUAAUGAACACGCUGUUCAACACGACGUUCGAGGACGAGGAGGCCAGCCACUACCAGAACGGCGUGUACCUCCGGCCCAGAACCUACGACCUGCAGGAGAGCAACGUCCACCUGAAGCUGACCAUCGUGGACACCGUGGGGUUCGGAGACCAGAUCAACAAGGAGGAGAGCUACAAACCGAUCGUGGACUACAUCGACACGCAGUUCGAGAACUACCUUCAGGAAGAGCUGAAAAUCAAGCGCUCCCUCUUCAACUACCACGACACGAGGAUCCACAUCUGCCUGUACUUCAUCGCCCCCACGGGACACUCGCUGAAGUCCCUGGACCUGGUCACCAUGAAGAAACUGGACAGCAAGGUGAACAUCAUACCCAUCAUCGCCAAGGCGGACACCAUCUCCAAGAGCGAGCUGCACAAGUUCAAGAUAAAGAUCAUGAGCGAGCUGGUGAGCAACGGCGUCCAGAUCUACCAGUUCCCCACGGACGACGAGGCGGUCACGGAGAUCAACUCCUCCAUGAACGCCCACCUCCCCUUCGCUGUAGUGGGGAGCAUCGAGGAGGUGAAGGUGGGGAACAAAAUGGUGCGGGCCAGGCAGUACCCCUGGGGAGUGGUUCAGGUGGAGAACGAGAGCCACUGCGACUUCGUGAAGCUGCGGGAGAUGCUGAUCCGGGUCAACAUGGAGGACCUGCGGGAGCAGACGCACGCCCGUCACUACGAGCUCUACCGCCGCUGCAAGCUGGAGGAAAUGGGCUUCAAGGACACCGACCCCGACAGCCAGCCCUUCAGCCUGCAGGAGACGUACGAGGCCAAGCGGAAGGAGUUCCUGGGGGACCUGCAGCGCAAAGAGGAGGAGAUGAGGCAGAUGUUCGUGAACAAAGUGAAGGAGACGGAGGCGGAGCUGAAGGAGAAGGAGAGGGAGCUUCACGACAAGUUUGAGCAGCUGAAGCGCAUGCACCAGGAGGAGAAGAGGAAGGUGGAGGAGAAGAGGCGGGACCUGGAGGAGGAGAUGAACGCCUUCAACAGGAGGAAGGUGGCGGCCGAGACGCUGCAGGCCCAGUCCCUACAGUCCUCACAGCCCUUCAAGAAGGACAAGGACAAGAAGAAGUCCGUAAAGACGGAAAACCAGUCGGGGGUCAGCCUCUCCAACUCCAGGGUGAUGAUGGCCAAGGCCAGCGUGGAGCCCUUAAACUGCGACAGCUGGUGGCAGGCCAUACAGUGCUGCACCUGCCUGGUCCACAGCGCCACCUGGAGGCAGGGCUUCUUCUGAGCGCACCGCUGGGGAAGGUGGGGGUGUCCGGACAUCACCAGGGCAUGGAACUGCAAAACCGCCGCCAACAACAACAACAAAAAAAAAAGGAGACAAAACAUUGUGAGCCUUUCCUGUCCUGUCCACCAAUCCUUUAACAGUUAAACACAUACUUUUGCCUGCAGUCUUCUCCUGAACACCCACAUCUGUGUUACCCCUCACUUUUGGUGCCCACCCAGUUUUCUUGGCUGGGGUGCAAGUCGCUCUGUUUGCUAUGUGCUGUGCUAGUCUGUCUCCCUGUCCAGGCAGAUAUGGUUUAACUGACUCAGGGGGCGUCCAAUUGAAUCCAAAAAGGGCCAGUGUGGGUGCAGGUUUUUGUUUUAGCCAAACACCAAGACACCUGAUUCCACUUGAUUGAAGGCCAUGAUUGGUUAAUUAGUUGAAUCAGGUUUUGUAGUGCUGCACUAUAACAAAAACCUGCACUCACACUGGCCCUUUUUGGAUAAGAUCGGACACCCUUGAACUAACUGACUGGAUGGCCUAUCUUUCUGAUUCCUGGUUUGGCUAUUGUCUCUGUUUGCAUCUACCAGAUUUGUUCCUCUUGUUGAAAUGUUGUUUCUCUAGUUGAAAUCUUAAAAAAAAAAAAAAAAAAAGUUUACUCUGGCUUUUGUAAGCUUUCAAAUCUAGCAAAUAAGCCGUGUGUUUUUUUAAAAAAGGAAACAUGCUUAGUUUUAUGGGUUUGUUGUGUAACAUAUCAAUGCGAAUGGUGCAGUAGAACCACAGUUGCUGAAAUCCAUGAUUAUCACAUACUUUCAGCAACAACAACAAAAAAAAAAAUUUAAAUUAAUAAAAACUGUGGAGGAAAGGUUUAGAUGUGGUGUCCACUAUCCACCAUUCAUAUCAUUGAAAAGACCACACACCACCAUCGCCACUUGAUCAGCAUUAUUUUUAAAAAAGCAAGCAACUUUCGUGAGGAAUGUGGUGGUGCAGCAGUUAAAGAUCAAGAGCCUAGGACGAAACGCGUGAGGAAUCAAAGCGUGUAAAGUCGAAACCGCGGCUACGCGGUUUUCUGUGCAUUCAGGGUGUUACCGAACUGUUAUACGCAGUCCUUUGUGCCAUAAAACAGAAACGGUUGACAGGUGUAUUGUACAAGAAUCUGUUUUCUACGUGUUACUGAUUUUCUGUAAAGUUGCCGAGAUGCUGGAUAAAGAAUAGAGAUUUCCGUAGUCUGUUUACAAGGUAAUUGAAUGAAAUGUAUUUUCCCUUUUUUUUUUUUUAAACUGUACUAUACUUGUAUGAUGUUGGUGUCGUUUGUAAAUGAUGAACUGAAGUAGGAAUUAAUCAUACAACAAUGAACACGGGAUAUAAAUGACAGUUCUGUGAGGGUGAAAUUUUGAAGUACAGACGCAAUCACGUUUACUUUCAAAAGGAUUCAAAGAAAGCCAUUUCUGAAGCCGGCCAAGCAGUGUGGUGCAGUCUCUUCCUCUUUAUAUGGGAAAGAAAAAAGUACAAAGAUGCAGCUUAAAUUUAUGUAUUUAAUUCUCAAAGCUUUAUUUUCUUAUUUACACAUUUUAUGUACAUAACUUAGAGAAGGAUUAAAUUAUUUCUGGAUGGUUUUUUCCCCCCCUGCACACUGCAAAGGCCUGUGCUUUCUUAUUACUGAACAGAAGUAGUAACAAAGUGCCUCGGCCUGAAAUUCCAGCUUAAUUCUGAACAUUCAGCGUGACAUUUUGCAAAUGCUGGCUGGCGCUGCACAAAUGCCAAACGGACCCAGAGCUCAGUAUAAUCGCCUUUUGACUGUCAUGGCAUUCCUGUCCAGAGGUGCCAAGCUGCAAAACAAAAUGGAGGCACAAUUUCUCUGACCAAGACUCCAUUAGUGAGGCGUUUUUUUCCAGCUGUGCUUGUGACCAAAAUGACGCAUGGGUUCCCUUGUGCUUUUUUGUAAUCUAUAUAUUUUAGAUUUGAGUGGGGGGGUGGGGGUGGGGCGGGGUUGGGGUGAAAGACAACCUGCUACUUACGAUGUGAAUGAAGUCGAUUGCCGUUGCAGUGUAAAGGUCCCAGCGCAGUUUAUCUAGAAUGAUCCGCUCCAUGCGAAGGAUCUCCGCCGUCGAAAAGUUGCAUCCGCUCCGCGCCGCAAGGUCCUUCACCGACGCAAUCACCUAUGGCAACAGACAUGAUCGAGAAAACCAAUAAACGCCGAUUCUAUGAAAUCAA